AUGGCAUUAGAGACACUCCCAAAGAUCCCGGGUAGAGGUGCAACCGACGAGAGGAGAGAGAAUGGAGUUAGAGAGUGUACUGGUGAUGUAGUUGACAAUGAGUUGGUCUUGUUGGUACCAUUGAGCAUGGGCGGGAUUGGUUUGGGUGAGGGAGGCAGUGGUGGUUGUUGGUGUUUUGAUGGUAGAAGGGAGCCUGUGACUUCUAAAGUGAAGAAGGGUGAGAAGAUUCUUAGAAUCUCAAUUUUGGCCGAGUUUCUUGGCAAUGCCGACCAACUUGUGUCAUUGUUGGGGAAGGAGUUUCCUGAAUUGGGUUUGAAGAAGGAGAACUGUAUGGAGAUGACUUGGAUUGACUCUGUGCUUUGGCGGGCUAAUUUUGAUAAUGGGACUAAACCUGAAGCAUGGGUUGGAGAAGAUGCAGGAGAGGAUUCAGAGAAGAAUUAUCUCACACAAAGCAGAAGGCUUUACAGUUACAUGACGCCAUUUGUGUCCAAGAACCCAAGAAGUGCUUUCUUGAAUUACAGGGACCUUGACAUUGGUGACAAUAGCUAUGAAGAAGGGAAGGUUUACGGAUUGAAGUACUUCAAUGACAACUUUGAUAGGUUGCUGAAGGUGAAGACUGCUGUUGAUCCAGAAAAUUUCUUCAGGAACGAGCAGAGUAUCCCUACUCUUCCAAAUGGAAACUCAGACGUGAAUAGCGGGUCAAGUUCCAACUUACCAAUGGGGAAGUUAUUCGUUCUACUGAUAUGCUUGCUUAUCGGAGGUUGGUAACGAGAAACGUUUCCAUAGUCAAGACUAGGAUCCUUCAUAACCUU